AUGCCAUCCCGCGCCCAGAUUCACGCUACCCUUACCACACUACCCACCGGUCCCCCUCUUGUCAUCGCCAUCAUAGGCGGCACAUCAGGCAUUGGAUCAUACACAGCAAAAGCAUUCGCCUCCGUUUACCGCAACGCCGGAUCCAAACUUCGCGUCUACCUUGUUGGUCGCGACGCCUCACGCGCAGAGGCCUUACUCACAGAUGUGCGCUCGACGAGUCCAGGUUCAGAAUGGCGGUUCUUGAAAGCGAAUGAUCUGGCGAUGAUGAGCGAUGUCGAUACCGUGUGCGCGCAGAUCAAGCGGUACGAGGAGGAAGAGCCGUUUAAGGGGGGAGGACCGAGGAUAGAUAUGUUGUACAUGAGUCAAGCGUUCUCACCUUUAGCACCAUCCGGUCGCACAAUGGAAGACCGCAUCGAUGCGAAAAACCUCCCUAUCGGCCCACCGCCGCCCAAGAAAUACGGCGUCACAUCGGUCCGCACGCACGUCUCUUUUAUGAAGACGUAUCUUUUCGAGGCCCUGGCCGAGAAACACGCUGGCAAGAUAUCUUUUAUUCAUAUUUACCCUGGGCUAGUUGAUGGGCCGACAUUCUUGAGUCAUGUGAAUCCUUUGUGGUUCCGUAUUUUAUGGCGUGUAGCCAAGGUAUUGAUGGCUUGGUACAUGACGAGUCCCGAGGUUUGCGGGCAUGUCAUGGUGUUUUUGGGGACUGGGAGAUAUCCUGCACAGGGCUUAGGUGUUGGGGCGGAUGACGACAAGGGUAAUACGAAGAGCGAUAAAGAGGGAAAUGAUGUGGCAUUCAGUAGUAUGAGAGAAAGAGGCGGUGGUGCAUAUGCUGUCGGUCAGAGGGGUGAUGAGAAAAAGGAAGUUAGUUAUGCGAAGCUGAGGCAGAGUGACACUAGGGACAGAGUGUGGAAACAUACCAUGGGUGUGUUGGAAGGUGUUCAAGGAUUGACAAGAUAG